AUGUUCCCUCACCACCAGGGCGCCCCAGGCCAGCUGCCCACCCAUUGGCAACCACCAACGUCCCAGCAGCCUGCCAACGGCGCAUAUCCCCCACCGGGCCAUAUGCAAUCUGCGCUCCCACCCCCACCGCCUCAAGAGCCACGCGCCGACAUGGCUGCCCGCCAACAUCCCCAGUACCAGCAGCCCCAGUACCGUCUGCCAGGCCCCAAUGAGUGGAAUCGCGGUCCUCCACCGCCCGACCCGUAUGCCCAGCAAGCUCCUCCGCCGCAGUAUGUGCAGCAGCACCACCAGCCACCCGCGCCGCGCCAGCGAACCGCCAUUGCUUGUCGGUACUGCAGACGCCGAAAGAUUCGCUGCUCUGGCUUCGAGGCCACCGAGGACGGCCGCUGCUCCAACUGCAUGAGGUUCAACCAAGAUUGCAUCUUCACGCCUGUCUCUGCGCAGACACAGGCUUUUGUUCCUGCACACACGGUUUGGCGGGGUGUUGGGCAGCCACCGCCCAUGUAUGGCGCAUAUGGCCAGCCGCUCCCUCCCGCGAGCCAUGCCGAAGCAUACGGCCAGCAGCCACCGCAGCAGCCUCGCCAGCAGGGCUACUUGCCUAGCCCAACUGCAGGUCCGUACCCAGUUCAUUCUGAAUAUGGUCCACCCGGUGCUCCUCAUGAUGAAGCAGGCCGUGAGCAGAUCGGCAGGAAGAGGCCUCACCCAGAGCCUCACACUCCCACUCUGCCACCGCCAACUCCAGGCGCAGCUGCUUCGCAUGUGCCUCAUCGCGGUGGGCCUGACUAUGCCUAUCCAGAGCCUCCCUCUCUAACUCCAGGUGCUUCAACAGCCACUCCCACUCCUCCAUACUCGAGCGCUCCUCCACCCGCGUCCCAGCCCUACUACACUGCAGCGCCGCCGCGCCAGUCGUCUCCCCAGGGCGCAUAUCGUUAUGAGCCGAGCCGCGCCUCCUCUUCUCCACACUCGCAAGCACCCACCACACCCGGCGCUCCAUCCGGCUAUGCGCCUCUGCAGCCUCCCCCACCGCGCAGUGACGGAAGAACUCCUCCGCCAACUUCGCAGGCUUCUGCCACCAGGCCGAGCAUGCGAAUCAACGAUCUUGUGAGCGAUAACGGAGCUGGACGCAGCUCGACCGAUUCAAGCAUGCUCAACAUGCUUAACCGUCGUCCGAUGUAA